AUGGUCAAAUGGCCAAGGAAUAGCAAAAAAGUGUGCAAGAUGGCUAGGAUUUUGAAUGCUCUCACUGGUGGCGCUGAUGGCGGUGUAUUCCAAAUCUCCGGUGGAUUGCUCUUACUGUGUGCGGUGGUGGUGUCAUUGUCCAUCUUAUCUAUGAUCGUCUUUGCCUGUCUCGAUGAUCCUGAUGAUACUGAUUCGGGCCGCCGACAGAGACGCCGCCGACAUGCGGCGCAUGCAGCACAUAUGCACCACCAGCAUGCCGCGCAUGCGGCACAUAUGCACCACCAUGAUGCAGCACAUAUGCAUAUGGCGACCAACACUAUGUGA